CAAAUUGCGUUUCUACGUGUACAUAAUAUUAUUUGGUAAAAGUGGGAAAGACACCGAUCUAGAGGGGGAGCCCAUAUAGAGCCACAUUGUUUUUGUUAUUCGGACGCUGUAUUAUUACGCGUAUGUUGAAAAAAUCAGAAGUCCAUUAGAAAUUUUUUUAAGGAAAUUAGUUAUUAUUAUAUUCUAUAUACUUACAUACAGAAUUUUGAUAUUGCGUAUAAAAAUAUUUUUUUAUUGGCUACAAUCAAUACGUUUAUAGUGGUAUCAAAUUUAAUAUUGAAUACAAGUGAACCACAUUCGCCAGUUAGUUUUCCCGAAUCUUUAUUCAAUAAAAAAGAUUAAUUAAAAAUGUAUAUGAAAUCAGUUGCAGCUAUUAUGCUAGCUUACAUCCAUCUUUAUCAUUGCACCAUGGUUGACAAUAGUAGGAUCAACGUCAAACCAACUGUUGACAGAGUUGUGGAAGUUAUACAGUCCGUUUCCGGUAUCGGUGGGCAAUCUAAUACCGCGGAGUCAAACUCUGGGUACGAGAAUCCGGUAGUGAAACCUGCAACGACGGUACCACAAUCAGAAUUAUUAAUAACCACCGCAGAACCAGAUACUACGGCUAGUGAGCCAAAUCAGCCAUCGGAGACAUAUGAACAAAACUCGUGUAGCUGUUUGUGUAGUAUUAGUGACUUUUGUCAAGGUUGAUGAUGGCCAUUUUUGUUAUCGCAAUUGAAUUCUUUCGUAGUUUUCGUAAAAACGUCACUAAACACCCGGAAAUAAAACCUAUUGUGUGUAAAUAAUUAAUAAAAGUACUAUUUUUCAUUUAA